UUCGGGGGGCGCCGCCGUCCACGUCACCGCGAGGAUGGAGCCCCGGCCCACGGGGGCACGUGGCGGCCGAGGAUGUCGAGGUCGCCGCCUCUCUCUCUCCACCGCCUCCGGAGGAUCGAUAAUGCUGAUGCUGCCGCUGCUCCUUCUCGCGCACGACACGUCCGAACCGGCGACAGCACCGGAUUCCGCUGCCGCCGGGUGGUGGUCUUCUCGAGCGACAUAGCACGCUAGAGAGAGAGAGAGAGAGAGAGAGAGAGAGAGAGUGUCAAGAGAGUCGGGGAAGAGAGAUGAGGGAGGCGUUGGUCGGCCUCGCGUUCGCCAUCUGCUGCUGCUGCUCGGCGAUCGGAAGGUCGUCGGCCACCGUCGUCUUGAAGCCCUCCGCCUUCGACGACCUUCCCGCCAAAUUCGCCGUAGAUGUGGGCGAGGAGGGGAUAUGCGGAGCGCUGGAGAUUGCCGAUCCCGCGGACGCUUGCUCCGCGCUGCGCCGCCGCGGCGUUCGAUUGAGCGGGAACGGGAACGGGAACGGGAACGGGACCGAUUUGAUGAGGUUUGCGUUGAUCGUGAGGGGCAAUUGCUCGUUCCAGGACAAGAUCGUGAACGCGCAGAUUGCCGGCUUCCGCGCGGUCAUUGUUUACGAUGACCGCGAGAAGGUCGAUUUGGUGUACAUGAUGGUUGAUCCCAAGGAUAUCACGAUUCCUGCAGUUUUCGUUUCGAAUGAAGCCGGUCAAAGUCUAAAGGAGCAUGCCCAAGUUGGAACUGGGGAAUGCUGCAUUUAUGAAACUCGUGUCGAAACAGGCUGGACAGUGCUGGCUAUAUCUUUCAUCUCCCUUAUUGUAAUAUUUGGCAUAUUGGCUUUGACCUUGUUUGUUCCAAGACGAUUGCUGUACUGGCGAAGGAAGAACGCAUAUGUAAAACAUGUAGAUGAUAAAAUCGUGGCAGAACUUCCCAGCUUUGCCUUCAAUUCUGCUCAAAGUAGUGACAAGUACACUAGGGAAGUUUGUGCCAUCUGUCUCGAGGAUUACAAAGAUGGAGAGAUCCUUAAAUCCCUUCCUUGCCAACACGAAUUUCAUUUGGGCUGUGUGGAGUCUUGGCUGAAGAAGGGAGGAUUGUUCUGCCCUGUGUGCAAGCAUGAUGUGAGGACCAAGAGAGCAUGUCAAGAGACACAGCGAGAAACCGGGCUUUAGAAUCAAGAAGGAAAAUGUUGAUUUGCUCUGCUAUUGGAAAUAUCAGGUACGAGAUGCAUCCUUUAGAAAUAUUUGUCGUUUAAAGUGCAUGGAUGGCAGUGAAUUCGUUCCACCGUCAGAUGCAGGAGCUUGGGUAAAACACAAAAGCUCCCACCAUGACUAAGGGCCCCCAUAGUUUGCAAGUUGCCUUUUUGAUGCAUCUGACUGUGAAACAAGUUGAUUUGUGAUUUGUGGAUCCCGAAUUCUCAGACUAUGUUAGAGCAGGCGGGAUUUACAAGUUGAUCCCUGACAAGUGAUGCUUUGCCCAACUCGUGUUAUUCAGAUAUGGUGUUACUCGUCUAUCAUUUCCAAAUUUUUUUUUCCCGCAUACUUCCUUUCUUCUCCAGGUUCCCUUUAUUCAGGCUCAAAAUGAGUCGGUGCGCUCUACUUAUGGGAUCUUCUCUGUCUUCUCUUUGAAGAUGCUGCUUUGAGUUGAAGCUUGGCAAUCCUCUUGGUAGCGGCGGCGGCGGCAAAGUCCCUUCACGACCUUUGAGCUUCUAGCUGAGACGUUGAUCUUGUCCCUUCAAGUUAGGACCUUGUCAUGCCUAGUUCCUUGUAUAUAUUUGUUCAUGCCGUUGAUCAUCAGAUAGAUGGUCCCAAAUGAAAAAUCAAAAGAUCUUCUAUCACUAUAGUCUCCUACGACUGGCAAAGUGGAUGUUUAUGAAGAUUUAGUGCAUUACAUCUAUGACACGUAAUUUUAAUUCA